UAAGGUUUUUCAUUAUUUAGUAACGCCCACGCUGAAAGAGAAAAGAAGAAAAGAAAAGAAAAUUACCCAAGGCCCAUCUAGCUCUGUGUGCGUCUCUCUCUCUCUGCUCGGUAGCUCGCUUCCUCCCACUACUUCCUCGCAUCUCCAGCACACUGAGAGACGGCUCAUAUCAGAGAAAAUACCCAAUUGUUAUCAUCCCUCUAGUCACAGAACACAGUUGAAGAUGGCAAAGCGUCUAAUUGCAACCCUCAAUCGUGGCCUAGUUGGCAAACUCUUCUCCGAGUCCUCUACCAAGCUGAACUCCGGAAAGCCAGUGGUUGUGGGAACGUGUGGACUGGACAAAGCAGGCUAUAGUACCCAAGCCAAGCAAGAAUCUCAUUUUUACGAUGGCGCUUUUGUGGAUGCAUUCCUGAUGAAAAUGAAGAACAAUAAAGAUCUUCUUAACAAUAAGAAAAUUUGGUCACGCAGAUCUACCAUUUUGCCAGAAUUUGUGGGUACUACAGUCCGUAUCUAUAACGGAAAAAAUCAUAUUCGCUGCAAGAUCACUGAAGAGAAGGUUGGUCAUAAAUUUGGAGAGUUUGCAAUGACACGGAAACGAAGAGUUCAGGCUAAAACUACUGCACCAGUAAGACCAGUGAAACCAGGAAAAAAGCAGGCAAAAAGUGAAGGUCUGAGAGCAUGCAUAAUGUCUGGCGUAUGGUGAAAUUCAUAACAUAUUGGAUUCUGUCUCAUUCAGGUGAAUUCUGAUACACGUGAAUAAUCUGAUUGGAUUUUGUCCAGCUGAGGAUAUGUGUUUGGUUUCGAUUCUAGUCGGUUUUAAUUAAGCGUUGAGAGUUUCUUAGUGGAUGUUUGUGUUUGUUAUCCUUUUGCUUAAGUGAAGCAACCUUCAUGUUUUAUCAGUUUGAUGAAUUUCUGAUA